CUCGGACCGCGCCUCGGGAGCCGGGCGGCUCCGCGGCCUUCCGCUGUGCUCCCUCAACCAAACCUCCCUGGCUGGACGCGGGACCCCUACACGCCCACGACCCGUGGGCAAACCUGGUGCGGCCAGCAUUCGCGUCUCCACGGCGCUGCAGCCGGCGUGAUUGUCCGGCCGGCCGGUGCCUGGGCCGUGCGGGACGCCGCCGCCCGCAUGCUACGCUGGCUAAUCGGGGGAGGCCGCGAGCCCCAGGGCCUGGCCGAGAAAUCUCCAUUACAGACAAUAGGUGAAGAACAAUCCCAGAACCCCUACACAGAACUGCUCGUGCUGAAAGCACACCAUGAUAUUGUGCGAUUUCUAGUACAGCUGGAUGACUACAGAUUUGCAUCUGCUGGUGAUGAUGGAAUUGUAAUUGUAUGGAAUGCUCAGACGGGAGAAAAACUUUUGGAACUCAGUGGGCACACUCAGAAGAUAACAGCUAUUAUUACAUUUCCUUCCUUGGAAUCUUGUGAAGAGAAGAAUCAGCUCAUCUUGACAGCCUCUGCUGAUCGAACAGUUAUUGUUUGGGAUUGUGAUACUGGCAGACAAGUUCGGAGAGUAUCAUGCUUCCAGUCUACUGUGAAGUGCUUAACUGUUCUUCGGAGCCUGGAGGUUUGGCUCUCUGGUGGGAACGACUUAUGUGUGUGGAACCGAAAAUUAGAGCUCUUGUGUAAGACCAGCCACAUUUCUGAUACAGGGAUCAGUGCUUUGGUCGAAAUACCUAAUAACUGUGUUGCAGCUGCAGUUGGCAAGGAACUGAUAAUUUUCAGGUUAGUAGCACCCAGCAAAGGAUCGCUAGAGUGGGACAUUAUUGAAGUUAAACGGCUCCUUGAUCACCAGGACAAUAUUCUCUCCUUGGUUAAUGUCAAUGAUGUGAGUUUUGUUACUGGUUCCCAUGUUGGGGAGCUGAUCAUCUGGGAUGUCCUGGACUGGACCGUGCAGGCCUAUGAACGCAACUUCUGGGACCCAUCUCCACAGCUGGAUGUCCAGCAAGAAAUCAAACUCUGUCAAAAACCAAAUGACGUUUCUAUUCAUCAUUUCACUUGUGAUGAAGAGAAUGUGUUUGCUGCAGUUGGAAGGGGUUUAUAUGUGUAUAACCUUCAAAUGAAGCGUGUGAUUGCCUGCCAGAAGACUGCACAUGACUCAAAUGUCCUGCACAUCGCCAGGCUGCCAAACAGGCAGUUAACCUCCUGCUCAGAAGAUGGCAGUGUACGCAUUUGGGAGCUACGGGAGAAGCAGCAUCUGGCAGCUGAGCCAGUACCAACAGGUUUUUUUAAUAUGUGGGGAUUUGGAAGAGUGAACAAACAAGCCAGCCAGCCUGUUAAAAAGCAACAAGAAAAUACCACUUCCUGUUCACUGGAGCUCAUUGGUGAUCUCAUCGGACACUCGUCCUCCGUGGAGAUGUUUCUGUAUUUUCAAGAUCAUGGACUAGUGACUUGCUCUGCCGAUCAUCUCAUUAUUUUGUGGAAAAAUGGAGAGCGAGAAUCUGGAUUACGCAGUUUAAAAUUAUUCCAGAAACUAGAGGAGAAUGGUGACUUGUACCGUGCUGCCUAGUGUAACGAAUCAGGAACACGUGGAUGAACCUGCAGCAUCCAGUACAGAGUUACACCAAGAACCACCAGUGCACUGAUCAGUUAAAUUUGCAAUUUUUGACAAGCUGUAUAAUUCUGUGUGUUUGAGUUCUUUUGCGUGCAUCUUCCCAGGUGUUUCUAGUACACUCACCAGGGUGCGCACUGAUUGGCUCCCGCGGGGGUGUGCUGCUGACCUAGUGACUGCCAGGUUUGGAGUUUCUUAAUGUGAACCUAGACCCUUUGUGAAGUGGUGGGACUAGAGGAAGCAGCGUUCUUAAGUUUUAUCUUUGGUUUCCUUUGAAGAAUUCUUGUGAGAAGUGUAGCCUUUCUCCUGCAGAUUUCUCUGGGAGCAAACUUGACUCUUAACCAAAAAACUAUACUACUUAAGCACAGUGAUUUUUGGUACUAAAUUUUUUCAAAUCAUUAAAACAUUUUUUUCGUUCUAGCUACUAAGUUCUUUUGUACUCGAUCCAAUCCAUAGGCAUCUGAUGAGGGUGUAUUUCUUUUCUGACAUGAAUUUGCCUGACCAGCCCCUGGCCAGAUGAGUACUGGGCCAGCAGCUGCUGCGCAGGUGUGCCAACGACGAGCGCUAGGUCAGCAUCAGCGGGAGGCCCGCGCUCCGGGGCAGCCCCGAGUGCCUGCUCCAUCUGAGCCUGACGAGGUGGGAGAUGCCUGCGUCCCUCGUGUGUCCGCUGCAAGUGGCUCAUCUUCAUCACUCCACCAGCUUUGUGACAAAUCCUCUCUCACUUUCAAUGCUGAAAAAUAAAAGUUAAAAAGUAUUC